AACACCAAAGCAAAAAAUGGGAAGUUUGGUAAAAGGAAUUGAAGAGUGAAGACCGAAGAAUACCGUUUCUUGAGGAAAAAGAAAGUAUCUGAACAACUCCCCAGUCCCCCACACACCAUCCACCGCCACAAUUCCCUUUCGAUAGUGCCGACGAAUCCCUCGUAUCUUUCAUCUUAGAAAGAAGUUCAUUGUGAGCAAAAACGCGUGGAAGCCAUUGGGAGUGAGCCACAAGACAACAACACCUUUGCUAGCUGAUGAUGCUUAUUACACUUUGCCAUCAAUUCGACCCCUGUCUCUGGUUAUAUUCUCCACAUCUCUAAAUUUUCUUCGUAAGCGCCAACCCUAGCCAAGACUCCCGGAGACUUGGAACCCUAGACUUCGGUGUUGCAGCUAUGGCGACGAAGGUGAGCUCCGCCGGUGGCCUUUUAGCGAUGCUGAACGAGAGCCAUCCCAUGCUCAAGUUUCACGCACUCUCCAAUCUCAACGCUUUCGUUGACUAUUUCUGGCCUGAGAUCUCCACCAGCGUACCCAUCAUAGAAAGUUUAUAUGAAGAUGAAGAGUUUGAUCAAAGACAAAGGCAACUUGCUGCAUUGCUAGUUUCAAAGGUUUUCUAUUACCUAGGCGAGCUCAAUGACUCAUUGUCGUACGCACUUGGAGCUGGUCCCUUAUUUGAUGUUUCAGAGGAUUCUGAUUAUGUACACACUCUUCUUGCUAAAGCUAUAGAUGAAUAUGCCAGUCUUAAGUCUAAGGCAGCAGAAUCAAAUAAUGAAGCGCUGGUGGAUCCUCGGUUGGAGGCAAUUGUGGAGAGAAUGUUGGAUAAGUGUAUUGUGGAUGGAAGAUACCAACAAGCUAUGGGAAUGGCAGUUGAAUGCAGAAGAUUGGAUAAACUUGAGGAAGCAAUCACUAGGAGUGAUAAUGUUCAUGGAACUCUGUCAUAUUGCAUUAACAUCUCUCAUUCCUUUGUUAAUCGUAGAGAAUAUCGCCAUGAGGUUCUUCGUCGUCUUGUUAAAGUGUAUCAAAAGCUUCCAUCUCCUGAUUAUUUGAGUAUUUGCCAGUGUCUGAUGUUCUUGGAUGAACCUGAAGGUGUUGCAAGCAUAUUAGAAAAGCUCCUUCGUUCUGAAAAUAAAGAUGAUGCUCUGCUGGCAUUUCAAAUAGCCUUUGAUCUUGUAGAGAAUGAGCACCAAGCUUUUCUCUUGAAUGUGAGAGAUCGCCUUUCGAAUCCCAGGUCUCAACCUUCUGAAUCAGUGCAGCCAGGAAACAAUGAUACUGAUUCUACUCAAAAUGGAAAUCCUGGUGCCUCAGAGGAUGUUGAGAUGGCAGAUGGAUCUCAUGCUUCUAAUGGGAGUCUGCAUGAAAUGGAUCCUAUUGAAGCAUCAUAUGCUGAGAGACUGACAAAAAUCAAGGGAGUUUUGUCUGGAGAGACAUUGAUACAAUUGACUCUACAGUUUUUAUAUAGUCAUAACAAAUCGGAUCUUCUAAUUCUAAAGACAAUAAAGCAAUCUGUUGAGAUGAGAAAUAGUGUCUGCCACAGUGCAACAAUUUAUGCUAAUGCAAUUAUGCAUGCUGGGACAACAGUGGAUACAUUUCUCAGGGAGAAUCUGGACUGGCUGAGCAGAGCCACAAAUUGGGCUAAGUUCAGUGCAACAGCUGGGCUAGGUGUGAUUCAUAGAGGCCACCUGCAACAGGGAAGGUCACUGAUGGCACCUUACUUGCCUCAGAGUGGGGCUGGUGGUGGUGGCAGUCCAUACUCAGAAGGUGGAGCCCUCUAUGCUCUUGGUCUGAUUCAUGCCAACCAUGGAGAGGGAAUCAAGCAAUUCCUUCGUGAUAGCUUGCGCAGUAGCAAUGUUGAGGUUAUACAGCAUGGUGCAUGCUUGGGUCUUGGUUUAGCUGCUCUUGGGACUGCUGAUGAAGAUGUCUAUGACGAUAUAAAAAAUGUGCUCUAUACUGACAGUGCUGUUGCUGGUGAAGCAGCUGGCAUCAGUAUGGGUUUACUAAUGGUUGGUACUGCAAGUGAGAAGGCAAGUGAGAUGCUUACUUAUGCACAUGAGACACAGCAUGAGAAGAUUAUUAGGGGUUUAGCAUUGGGAAUAGCCCUUACGGUGUAUGGAAGAGAAGAAGAAGCUGACACAUUAAUUGAGCAGAUGACUAGGGAUCAGGAUCCUAUACUACGUUAUGGUGGUAUGUAUGCAUUGGCCUUGGCCUACCAAGGAACAGCAAACAACAAGGCCAUUCGCCAGCUGUUGCACUUUGCUGUAUCAGAUGUGAGUGAUGAUGUCAGAAGAACUGCUGUUCUAGCACUUGGGUUUGUCCUAUACUCCGAACCAGAGCAGACUCCUCGAAUUGUCUCCUUGUUAUCUGAGUCCUACAACCCACAUGUUCGAUAUGGUGCUGCUCUUGCAGUAGGAAUUUCCUGUGCUGGUACUGGCUUGAGCGAGGCAAUAUCUUUGCUAGAGCCUCUGACAUCAGAUGUUGUUGAUUUUGUUCGUCAAGGUGCCCUUAUUGCAAUGGCUAUGGUUAUGGUCCAGAUCAGUGAAAGUAGUGAUUCCCGUGUUGGAACUUUCAGGCGACAAUUGGAAAAAAUAAUUCUUGACAAGCAUGAAGACACCAUGAGCAAGAUGGGAGCAAUUUUGGCCUCGGGAAUCCUGGAUGCUGGUGGAAGGAAUGUGACCAUAAGGUUGCUUUCUAAGACAAAACAUGAUAAAGUGACUGCGGUUGUUGGUCUUGCUGUUUUCAGCCAGUUCUGGUAUUGGUAUCCCCUUAUCUAUUUUGUUAGCCUGUCCUUCUCACCCACUGCUUUUAUUGGACUGAAUUAUGACCUGAAAGUCCCAAGGUUUGAGUUCUUAUCUCAUGCAAAACCUUCACUGUUUGAGUACCCUCGACCAACCACCGUGCCCACUGCUACAUCUACUGUGAAGCUCCCCACUGCAGUUUUAUCAACAUCAGCAAAGGCCAAAGCUAGGGCUAAAAAAGAAGCUGAACAGAAAGGUAAUGCUGAAAAGUCAGCUGGGGCAGAGUCUUCAUCUACCAGUCAAAGUUCUGGAAGAGGAAAAUCCUCUGCUGAGAAGGAUGGAGACUCUAUGCAGGUUGAUAGUCCUUCAGAGAAGAAGGCGGAGCCUGAGGCAUCUUUUGAAAUUUUGACCAACCCAGCGAGGGUGGUUCCUGCUCAGGAGAAGUUCAUUAAAUUUCUGGAAGAAAGCAGAUAUGUCCCAGUGAAGUUAGCUCCAUCAGGGUUUGUUCUCCUGAAAGACUUGCGUCCUACUGAACCUGAGGUGCUGUCUCUCACAGACACGCCCUCAUCUACAGCAUCACCGGCGAGUGGAUCAGCAACUGGACAGCAGGCUGCAGCAUCAGCCAUGGCAGUAGAUGAGGAGCCCCAGCCACCUCAGCCUUUUGAAUACACAUCAUGAUUAGAUGCUGAUCAAAUUUCUGAGUGGAUGGAGAGUGAUUCUCAUGGCAUUUAAUGGGAGAAGCUGUGGUUAUCUGUGAAACAAGUUGUUGCAAGUGAAGCCUUAAUUCUUGGAAGAUGGGUUUCUUUGAUGCUGGCAGUGUUGUUUCUCCUGAGUUGUUGAAACUGCUAAAACCGUUUUCUCUUUCUAAUUUAUAUGUACAUUGAAAGUGCGGAAGGGUAGGGAAGCUGCAAUCGCUUCUUCUUUAGUAGCUUGGGUACACGAGUAUCCACCCCUACCCCUGCUGCUUCAUUCGCCUGUAACUGAGGAAUUGUUUUGACCACAAUUUGGUCAAUGAACAGAGCCAGGUUAUUAUUUUCUUCAA